GAGCACAACAUCGCCCGGACCACUCCCUCCGUGUAUGCCGACACGCUCGCGCAGCUCCUCCCGUACUUUCGGUCCGCCACCGUGCUCGACCUGCCCGGAAGCACAGAUCUUCGCAUGGAGGAGGGCAAGUCUGCUUUUGAGGAGGCCAUCGACUUCCUCCGCGAGCAGAGGCCGCUCGCGCCGCUGACGACCCUCUCCAGAGGCCUCACGCAGGCGGCGAAGGACCACGUCGCGGACUCGGGCACAGGGCUCGUCUCGCACACGGGCACCGACGGCUCCUCGCCCUUCGACCGCAUGUCGCGGUACGGCACCUGGACAGGCACCGCCGGCGAGAACCUGAUGUUUGGCGGUGCGCGUUUCGACUUUAUCACCCCGGCUCGCUCCGUCAUGCUCUCCCUGAUCGUCGACGACGGCGUCGCCGACCGCGGCCACCGCGUCGCCAUCUACAAUCCGCGCUUCCGCGUCGUCGGCAUCGCGUCGGGGGCACACUCAGAAUAC